CAGGAGCUGCAUCACCGUGUCUCAGAAUAAACCCAGAGACCGGCAGGAGCUCCACUCUGAUCACAGAUUUUCGGUCGAUAACGUUGUCUUAUGUGGCUAUUAAACUGUUUGACUGGCAAUAUUAUUACAGAUAUUUUUUGCUAAAUCAGUUUUUAGAGAAGUAAUUUUUAAAUUUUUUUUAUAAAUCUUUAAAAACAUUUUAAAGAAACGGCAUUUUGGAAAAGAUGGAUGUUUUGAUUGGCAACAAUGCAACUGUGGUGAACAGCUCCAUAGACAAGUGGUCAUUCAAUGAACACAAUUUGCACCAACACCUAGACCCCGGGGAGCUCAGGGUCCUGGUGCCAGCCCUACUGGGAAUUAUCUGUGCCUUGGGUGUGGCUUGUAAUCUCACUGCAAUGGUCAUUCUAUUCUCCAAUGCCCACAAGGGCAAACUGUCUCUCAUCAACUCCCUCAUCUUCAACCUGAUGUUUGCUGAUGGGCUGGUGCUGCUGUUCACGGUGCCUUUCCGUGCUGCCUCCUACUCCAAGACCACCUGGAAUCUGGGCUGGAUGAUUUGCAAGACAGCCGACUGGUUCCUCCAGGCCUGCAUGGCAGCUAAGAGCUUUACAGUGGCUGUCAUGGCCAAAGCCUGUUACCGCUACGUGGCCAACCCCACUAAGCAGGUGAGCAUCCAUCUGGGCUCCAUCCUGGUCGUGCUCUUCUUCAUCUGGCUGUCUGCCUGCAUUGUAACCAUCCCUCACUGGUUGUUUGCUGUGCUGCAGAAUGGGAUCCAUGGGCUAGUGUGUGUGCUGAUAGUUCCUCCUGAGGCCCGGGAUUUCAUGUCUGUGUAUGUCAAAGCGUACCCUCUAGGGGUUUACUGUGCACCUCUGAGUUUUGCCCUGAUGUAUUUCUGGAAAGCUUAUGGUCAGUGCCAACGUCGCUCCAGUAAAACCCAAAAUCUGCGAACACAGAUCAGAUCCAGGAAGCUCACCCUAAUGUUGUUCAGCCUCACUGUGGCAAUGGCUAUUCUCUGGCUUCCACAGUGGGUGGUGUGGAUUUGGGAGCGACAUUUAGCAGAAAAAGCAACUGAUGGAGCAAGACUCCUUAUCUCCUCCCCUCCUCCUCUUCUUCUAACCCUCUCUGCUCAGCUGCUGACCUUCUCUCUAUCAUUGGUGAACCCUCUCAUCGUCCUCUUCCUCUCUGAGGAGUUCAGAGAGGGCUACAGAGGGCUGUGGAGACGCCUCACCCUGCGCAAACAGUCUCUACCAAAACCAAAGCCUGGACCUCAUAACCCUACCAGUCUCCAGUCACCGACUCCUAGACCAGAGCCCUCAAGCCAGCUACGGGGGGAGAGACACCUUCAAUACAGCGUCAGCCAAGGUCCAAGAGAGGCUCAGCCUCAGGCAAAGCCAGGUGAAAGAAGAGAAGGAGAGAAAGAAGCAGACAGGCUGAGUCUUAAGGAUGGGAUUGUUUUGCCUGAUGUGGAGCAAUUCUGGCACGAGAGGGAGACUGGACUGCAAACAGAUGAAAAUGAUCCUGUGCCGUGGGAACAUCAGAGCAAUGAGGGGAAAAAAUAACAAUAUAUAAUCUUAAAUAUGGUUUUGAACACAGCAACAUAAUCUCAAGACUUCCUUGUUAUCCUGUCGUCUGUGCAAAUGAUAUUAUUCAGGUAAGAAGUGCCAUCUGUGUGGAAUAUAAAUAAAUAAAUCUGGACAAAAAUAGAUCUGUACAUUCUCUAUAUGACAUGAUGUCAAUAUUAUACUGUAUAUAAAUAAUAUAAUGGCAAUGAUGUUGUAUUCUUACUAGAUUAUUAUUCCUGUAAACUGACCUUUAAUGGCUGUAAAUUAAAGUCUCCAAGAAGGUGGACUACAUAAAUCCAGUGGUCAGUCUAUAUAUUUCCUAAAUGCCAUGUUGUGAAAGGAUAUUGUAAGUUGCAGAUUUAUUGAAGUGUUUGGAGAUAGCAUUGUCUGUCAGGUGAAUGAUUUUGAAGGUUGGUUUGAUGAAAAGUAUUUUCUGUAAAAACAAAUGUGAUCAUAUGUAACAGAAGCACAUAAUAGCUAUCUUUUGUGAUAAUGAAGUUUGGCAGUUUUGUUGUAAAGGUAAAUGUGUGUAAAUUUGUCCUCUAUGGUGAACAAUUUUACAACUGU